AUGUCGGAUCCCAUCCUUAGCCAGUCAUACGGCUAUGGAUUUGCAAUUGGCUUAGGCGCAGCUUUUGCGUUGAUUAUGGCUCUGAUCACCAGGGUACUAUCUCGCUUUCUAGGCCAGGUACAAAACUCAGAACGUUUCUCUACUGCCUCGAGAAAUGUCAAGGCUGGUCUUAUUUCCUCGAGUACAGUGUCUGCUUGGACAUGGCCUGCAACUUUGCUUUCUUCAGGUGCUUGGAGCUACUCGCAUGGUGUGAGUGGAGGUUACUUCUAUGGUAUUGGAGGGACAAUCCAGAUUACCUUAUUUAUGUUCUUAGCUAUCCAGCUUAAGAGGAAAGCUCCUGCUGCUCAUACGCUUUCAGAAUGCUUUUAUUUGAGGUAUGGUAUGCCUGGACAUGUUGUGUUCUUGUGCUAUUGUAUGGCUACCAACAUACUCAUUUCUUCUUUACUUCUUUUGGGUGGUUCACAGGGCUUUGCUACAACUACUGGGAUGCAUACCGUUGCUGCUUCGUUCCUUUUGCCUUUGGGUGUCAUGGUAUACACUGCACUUGGAGGUUUAAAGGCUACCUUUGUAUCUGACUGGAUCCAUACGGUUAUUAUCUAUGGUAUCUUACUUGCAACCUGCUUUACAGUCUAUGGGUCUUCUUCAUUGAUUGGGUCACCAGGAAGGAUGUACGAUUUGUUGAAAGAGGCCCAAGAAGCGUUUCCUUCUGCCACAGGCGAGAGCUACCUCUCAUUCAAAGAUCCAGAGAUGUUCUAUCUUUCAUGGUCCGUUACCUUGGGUGGAUUUGGCUCUGUUUUUGGUGACCCAGGAUACUCUCAGAGAGCUAUAGCAGCACACCCUGCUGAAGUCUUUGAGGGAUACCUUAUGGGAGGCAUUUGCUGGUGGAUCAUUCCAGUAGCAUUAGGGCUGGCGGCUGGCUUGGCUUGCAGAGCUCUUCUUACCAACCCAGUAUCGGUCACUUACCCAAAUCCACUCACUGACUUUGAAGUGGGAGCUGGCUUACCAGUGAUAUAUGGGAUGGCUGCAAUAUUUGGGAAAAAGGGUGCAGCUGCUGGAUUGGCUAUGCUUUUCAUGUCGGUAACAUCAGCUACUUCCGCUGAGCUUAUUGCCUUUUCGUCAGUCACAACCUACGACAUUUACAGAACAUACUUCAAACCAGACGCUUCUGGAAAGCAGCUUGUCUUUGCAGCCCAUACUUCAGUCAUACUAUUUGGCAUAUUUAUGGCAUCUUUGGCAACCGUUUUGAAUUAUGUGGGUGUCACUGUGAGCUGGAUAUUGAGCUUCUUGGGUAUAGUUUUGACUCCAGAAGUCAGUGCUAUUAUAUUGACGCUUUACUGGAAACGCAUGACAAGACUAGGUCUAGUCAUUGGAGCUCCACUAGGCACUGUGACAGGAGUUGUCAGCUGGAUAGCUUCUGCUCAUCGCCUUGGAGAAGGCUCUGUCAAUAAGGAGACACUUAUGAUCCUGAAAGCUACUUUCAUUGGAAACAUUGCAGCUAUUUUCUCUGCACCGAUUUACAUCACUGUGAUUUCACUUUUGAAGCCAGACAAGGAGCCUUUUGAUAUGGAUAAAUUUCAGGCCAGCUUUAAGGCUGGUGAUGAUGUUGAUGAAGAGAUUGUCAAUGGCUUGGAGAUAUCUGCACAAGCUCGGCGUGUUUUGAAGAGACAAGAAUGGGCCUGUGUUGCCGUGAACUUGUUCAUCUUGCUUAUUCCAUAUGUGCUUGUCCCUUGUGUUUUGUAUGGACUUGGUGAUUUCAGUAAGAGCUCAUUUACCGCUUUUAUUAUAAUCCUUCUCAUAUGGGCAGUGAUAGCAGCUCUUUACAUCACUAUAUUACCCUUAGUACAAGGUUGGUCAUCGAUGAAGGCUAUCACGAGGAAGCUUCUCUUUCGGCAAGAAAAGGCAGAAGUCCACUCAGGACACUCUGACCAAUCUGAUCAUACCGAUAAUUCCGUCGAGGCUGACGAAGUCGAAGAAGUUCACUGGAAGUCUAAAUCAGACACUAGCUGA